UAUUUAUUUAUUUUUUUUUUUUGCCUCUAAUUUUUUGUGCCCUAAAGAUUUAUAAGUCACUACUGUUUAUUUCCCUUAUGGUUCAUGAUAAAUUUUUGGCUUUUAGCCAAACUUUUGCUUGUUUUCUUUUGUGGGUCUCAGUUAAAGUGUGAAUCUUUUUCAGCAGCAGCAAGCCAUUCAUGGAGUUAGCUUAGCUUAACCACUAGUUCAAGGUUUGAUUUUUCUCAAUAAUUUUUCCUCUUUUAUCUCUCUCUCUCUCUCUCUUUUAGUUCUCUUCUAUUCAUUUUCAAUUUGGGUCUUUUGGUUUGUUCAUCUGUUUCUUGAGAAAAAAAAAAGGGUUCUUUCUUGGAAAAAAUAAUCAAUCAAUCACUAAUGCUGAGAAACAGAUCUAGAGCAGUUACAACCAAACAAGCCCUUAUGGCUGAUCAAACUUCACCAAUCUCAUCUUUCUUGAAUUCUCCAAGGCUUUUCAAUGGAUUUCUUUCCAAAAACCAGUUUUCAGACACAGAAACUAAUAAUAGUACUCUCAUGAGCCCCACCUCAACACUUGACACCAAAAACAACCUCAGUUUUGUGAACCCAUUUGGCCAAGACAAGAUUUUGUCCCAAAUGCCAAUCCCAACUGCCAAACAGGACACUACUAAUAAGGCCACUGGCCUUGCCCUGAUUGACUCAAUCAUACAUGAAAAAAAUAAUGAUGAGGAGGAGUUUUGUGGUGGAUCAAGAAUUUUUUCCAAGCCAGUUAGCAGAGCAGCCUUGUAUGGAUCAAAGCAGCUUAAGGUUCAAAUUCCUGACAUAAAUCCCACAUCUUCUUCGCUCGAGCCUUCGCCGAAAUCUCCGGCUGAAUUCGGAAUCAAGACAAAGAAUUCGAAGAUUUCGAGCCCUUUUGCAAGCACCCCAGUUAAGGAUUUUUCAAGGCAGCUGUCUUUGAAAGAAAUGGAGCUUUCUGAGGAUUACACUUGUGUUAUCUCUCAUGGUCCUAAUCCUAAAACAACUCAUAUAUUUGAUGAUUGUGUUGUGGAUGAUAGCUGUUUGGGGGAUCAUUCAGAAUAUUCUUCUGAGUGUAAGAAAAAAAUGGAUAGUGGGUUUGAAGCAAAUGAGGCUACUGAUUUCUUGAGCUUUUGUCACACUUGCAAGGAUAUUUUAGAACAGGGAAAAGACAUCUACAUUUACAGGGGUGAAAAAGCCUUUUGCAGCCAUGAAUGCCGGUAUGAAGAGAUGUUUUCUGAAGGACUGAAGUAUCCAGACUUGGAUGAAAGAUGAUUGUCUAAAGCUGUUUUUUGUAUUAAACUCAAUAUCUCAGAGGAAUUCAGCAUCUUUUAUUCUAAGGAUUUUACUUAAAGGGAUCAAAAGCUCAACAGCCCUGGAUAUGAUUAAUAAGGAACUUUUUUUCUUUUAAAUCAAUGUGAAAUAUUUAAUCUGUUUUUCUUAUUUUUCCUGUUUCUUGGAUCUGUUUUAUGCUUAUGUUGGAGGGCUUUUCCUCCCUUUGCAAAUAUAAGGAUAAUGGGAGGCAGAAAUUAUUAUGAAUUUGGAUGUAUUAAGGGUUUUGUCCAGCUUUUUUAUUACAUAUUGGCCUGAUAUUUGGCAUUUCAA